AUGGAUCAAAAGACAUAUCUCCUUCAAACAAAACUUCCCGAGUCCCCCACCCCCGAAGAUCACAUCAUUGACAAAGAAUCUCCGUUCAAUCAAAGUGAUGUUUUUGAGUUAUAUGAGAUCCAAGACCUAGACCCUUCCGCCACGAAUUUAGACAACGUUCUAGUGAAGAUUUCUGCGGAGAGAAAAGGUGAAGAAGUCGUGAAGAAGCACGGGAAGGUCUUUAACUUGAUAAAGAAGUUAGCUCUCUUUCAAAUCUGUGGAUUUAAAGGGACCCUUAUUCACGUCUCUGCUCUCUACUUAGCUAUCUUAGGGCUUCUCUCUGCUUUAGUAGGUGUUGCGAUGGACAUUUCCAUUGAGCAGUUAUUUCGCUUGAAACAUUAUAUUUCUUUUGUGUAUGACAACAUCUUCUAUUCGAUCUUUAUAUGGAUCGCGUUCACUCUUCUCUUUGUCACUCUUGCGUUCUUUUGGACUCGAAUUGUAUCUCCUGCUGCUGCGGGGUCUGGGGUAUCGGAGAUGAAAGUGACAUUAUUAGGUAAUAAAUUACCAAAUUUACUAACCUUUCGAACAAUGGUAGCCAAAGUCGUUGGGUUAGUCUUAGUGAUAGGCUGUGGGAUAUGGGCGGGAAAGGAAGGACCUUUCAUUCACAUCGCGUCUUGUAUUGCAGUCCAACUCACUCGAAUACCUAUCUUCCAUUUUCUUCGAGAAUCAAAUGAGUUGUUCAUGCAAAUCUUAUCGACGGCUUGCGGGUGUGGUGUAUCGUCGAAUUUUGGUACAACAAUAGGAGGACUUCUCUUCUCUGUUGAAGUCACAGCAACAUAUUAUCCAGUCAGAAAUUAUUGGUUUGGGACGUUCAGUUCGGUGAUUGCUGCGUUUACAUUCCGAGCAAUAUAUAACACAUAUAUCAAUCGACCAUCACUCUAUAUGGGACUUUUAAGUAUCGAUUAUACAUUCAAUCCACUCUUAUUCAAAGACAGUUUACUCUCGAUACUCACAGGAAUCGUCUGCGGAUGCUUUGCAGUUCUCUUUGUCUUUACCGUUUCUGCUGUUUUCCAUACACGACAGUUUCUUCGAAAAUAUAAGUUUGGGCGCCCGCCUUAUUUCUACUUACUUUUAGUCGCACUGUUGACAGCUACCGUCACUGCCCCGUGGAAUGGAAAGAGAUCACCACUGUCAUUAUCAACAAACAACACAUUGAAUAUUCUUUUUUCAAACGAAUCGUUGGAAAGCGAAUUUGGGUAUCACUAUAUGCUCACUCUAUUCUUCACAUUCAUCGCACGGUUCUGUUUAAUUGCAAUGUCAGUGUCAAUCCCCGUCCCAGCUGGUCUCUUUUCAACGAAUAUACUGAUAGGAUCUAUUCUGGGAAGACUCAUUGGGGAAUGGAUGGUCUACUUCGGAGUGUCAAAUGAACUUGGCCCGUCCGGACUGGCUAUAAUUGGUGGAGCUUGCUUUGUAGGUGCUACAACACAAACUUUUUCCUCUGCAGUCAUAUUGAUGGAACUCACUGACAACAUUCAACUGAUUAUUCCGAUGCUUAUUGCGACCGUAGUCACUAUUUCAUUGAGUCGAUUGUUAACAGUGAGCGUGUAUGACAGAAUUUCAAUGGAUAAGAAACUGCCACAUAUCCCUGACAUUCAAUAUUCGUCACACCAAACAGCUGACAACGUCAUGGAAACUAAUUUAAUUGCUGUGCCCGAAUUUACAAAUAUAGUGGAAUUGAAGGAAAUUGUCGACGCAUAUAAAACAGUCACAGAGAAAUUACUUCCCGUCGUCAAUAACACUGAGAACUCUAUUCUUUUGGGGCAAAUAGAACUCAGUGUACUCAGGAAAAUAUCCGACUCUGAUAUGCCAGAAUCCGUCGCUAGUAAGUUCUUGUUGGACUACCAAGAAAGCCCAUUGCACUUGUUGAGGUCUACACCACUCAGUGAAAUUCAUAUGUUGUUCAUCGCCGCACAAAUUGACUCUGCUUUUGUCACGUCAAAUGGGAGACUCAUUGGAGAGGUUAACAAGAAGAACUUAUCCGAUGCAAUCCAGAAACAAAUGAAAAUUUUAUUCUAG